AAGCAGACUCAAGUCAGAAAAAGGGACUGGCCGAAACUGGAAUGGUAUUUUGCACUUGCCGGCAGGGUGUUCUUUGGAGAGCGUUAGACAUGGACAAGGGAGAGUCCUACCGGCACAUCCUGUACCUUCACAACUUUGCGUUGCAACAACAAUUCAAAUUCUUUUGUUACGACGUAGUGUGCAACUAUUGGCCUUUCGCUAAAGAUGUUGGAACAAAGUUGGAAACCGAAGAUUUCAAGAAACAUACCGAAGAAAUGGUUCCCUUCCUUAGCCGAUUUCACGGUAAAACCCAUACAAUGUUUUGUCAGCUUUUGUAUGGAGGUCACUGGACGACUGGAGCCGCGUCAACAACAGGCGAGACAACGGAACAGAGUAACUCAAAAAUGUCUCGUUAUGGGUCCACUACAAAACACAUGAGUAAUCCAAAUAGAUGGGACCAUUUAACGGAUGGCAUGAUUUACUGGAACCAGGAAAAGGAAUGUGGAAUGGCCAAGCAACUAGCUAAAUUUUACAAUGCUGCUCUUGAUGAUUCCACUCGUCAUGAUAAGGAGUUUGAGAAGCAAAAACAAAAAUGGCUAGAGGAAAUUAGGUAUCAACUGAGCGCAGCCCGUGAAAAACUUCUCGUGGCUCGGCAAACUAUGGAUGAAAUUCCAUUCAAACUGAAAAAGUUACUUCAGAUAAAGUCUCCAACCCAGAAAUUAAGAGAUUUUGCUUUAGUCCAAUCAAAUAAGCUUCGGGCCGCAGAAACUAUAAUUCCACUACUUCAAUCGGCUGUCGUUAUACUUGAUUAA